AUGGUAUAUGAUGUGGACAAAAUAAAGGCGUCUGGCACGGCCAUGCCAUAUUUACCAGCACCAUUAGAUGUGCCGACUGCCAUUGUCAAUAAACCAUCACCGACAACAACCGAAAAGAAAUCCUUUAUGAGCAACGAACAAGAAGAGGAAGACUUUAUUAAAAAUAAUUAUGUAGCACGAACAUUAUUGAACGAACCUGAAUUACCACCUAUGACAUGGUCGAAUUGGUAUACACAAAUUAAUUGGCCUCAAGCAACAUUACUAUGUCUUGAGCCGUUAGUUGCUUUAUAUGGUCUUUUUACUACAUCGUUUAUGUGGCAAACUAUUGUUUUUACUAUUAUAUGGUAUUUUUUAACUGGUUUUGGUAUUACGGCUGGUUAUCAUCGUUUAUUUGCUCAUCGAUCUUAUGAAGCUCGAUUACCACUACGAUACUUUCUACUUAUUCUAGGUGCAGGUUCAGUUCAAGGUUCGGCUCAAUGGUGGUCACGUGGUCAUCGUGCCCAUCAUCGUUAUACCGAUACAGAUCUCGAUCCAUAUAGUGCACAUAAAGGAAUGUUUUAUUCACAUAUUGGUUGGUUAUUAUUUAAACCGCGUCGAAAGCCUGGUGUAGCUGAUAUCAGUGAUCUUACGAAUGAUAAAAGUGUUCAAUGGCAACAUCGUAAUUAUCUUAGUUUAGCUUUUUUUCUGUCAUUUGUUUUUCCAACAUUGGUUUGUGGACUUGGCUGGGGUGAUUAUCGUGGUGGUUAUUUUUUUGCCGGUGUUCUUCGUCUUGUCUUCGUUCAUCAUUCAACAUUUUGUGUUAAUUCAUUGGCACAUUAUUUAGGUGAUGCACCGUUCGAUGAUAGACGUACACCACGUGACCAUUUUGUUACUGCACUUGUUACACUUGGCGAAGGUUAUCAUAAUUUUCAUCAUGAAUUUCCAUCGGAUUAUCGAAAUGCACUUAAAUGGUUUCAAUAUGAUCCAACAAAAUGUUUAAUAGCAUUUUUUAAACUAAUUCGACUUGCACAUAAUCUUAAAGAAUUUCCUCAAAAUGAAAUCAAAAAAGGUCGCUAUUCAAUGGCACGCAAAGCAUUGGAUAAAUUUGGAGGAACUAUUACUUGGCCAAAAACUAAUGCUGAAUUACCGAUUAUUUCAUUUGAAGAGUAUCAAAGAUUAUCGAAACAAGAAGAUGGUCGUGUACUUGUCUUAAUUGCUGGCUUUAUUCAUGAUGUUAGCAAUUUUAUUGAUUCACAUCCAGGUGGUCGAGCUUUGAUUAAAAGUCAUGUUGGCAAGGAUGCAACCGUCGCUUUUUAUGGUGGUAUACAUGAUCAUAAUACUGCAGCACAUAAUAUGCUUGCUAUGAUGCGAGUUGCUGCAUGCAAAUAUGGUGGUGAAGUCGAACAUAUUAAAAAACGAUUGGGACACGUCCAAACGCCAACUCCGAUUUUUGCUUAG